CUUAAUCACUCGUUUCCUUUCCGUGUGAUUUAGAAGAAGGCGAAAGUCUUCGUUUCCUUUUCCACGAAAUUUCAAUAUCCAUGCGCCUUCCUCUGUAAGAUCCUUCUUUUGCUUUUACUAAAUUCCACAAUCAGAAACUUCCAUUAUUAUAUUAUCACACGCUUCACCCGAUUCAAUACGCCAUCUGGGUUUCUUGGCCGCCUAGGAAAAUUAAUCAGAUCAUAUAACUUCGAAAGUUCAAAGCUUUGGUUUUGAAGAAUCUCAAUUCUGAAUUCACCAUGCUUCACAGGAGCUUCAAGCCAGCCAAAUGCAAAACGUCGUUAAAGCUUGCGGUUUCUCGUAUAAAGCUAUUGAAGAACAAGAAAGAUGCACAAGUGAAGCAGAUAAAGAGGGAAUUGGCCCAAUUACUUGAGACUGGCCAGGAACGGACUGCUAGAAUUCGGGUUGAACAUGUCCUCAGGGAAGAGAAGACGAAGGCAGCAUAUGAACUUAUUGAGAUAUAUUGCGAACUUAUUGCAGCACGCUUGCCUAUGAUCGAGUCACAAAAAAACUGCCCCAUUGAUCUGAAGGAAGCAAUUACUAGUGUAGUAUUUGCAUCUCCAAGAUGUGCAGACAUACCAGAACUCAUGGAUGUUCGCAAGCAUUUCACUGCUAAAUAUGGAAAGGAGUUUAUCUCUGGAGCUGUUGAAUUGCGCCCAGAUUGUGGUGUAAAUCGUAUGUUAGUGGAGAAAUUAUCUGCCAAAUCACCUGACGGCCCUACGAAGAUGAAAAUCUUGGCUGCAAUUGCAGAGGAACAUAACGUCAAAUGGGAUCCUGAAUCAUUUGAAGAGAAAGAGUCCAAGCCUCCGGAGGACCUGCUGGCAAAAAGGAAUUUUGUGACAUUUGCGCAGAAUGGACCAAAUACUUUUGGCUCGGCCAGUAAAAUUCAUGGGGAACCUCCGCGUGGCCCACCUCCACCUAAUCAUGAUGUCAAGGAACCUUCUAAUGUUCAGGUUCCACCUCAAAGUUAUGAGAAUCAUGAUGUAUCCAUGAACUUUAAUCAGCAGAGUGCAAGAUCUUCACCUCGCUUCCGGGAUUCUGCUUCUUCAAAUGUUUCUUCCAACAAAGCAACCGCAUCUGACACAUUUCAUCCAGAAGUGAGAUCUUCAGGAAAUAGAACUGAUGGGACGGAAAAUAGGCAUUCAUUUCAUGGGGACGGAAAUACUUCUUCAACGGGUAGGCAGAAUUGGAACAUGAACUUUAAGGAUGCUGCCUCUGCAGCGCAGGCAGCUGCUGAAUCAGCAGAAAUGGCAAGCAUGGCUGCCAGAGCAGCUGCAGAACUUUCAAGGCAACAUUCUUCAGAAUCACGGGAUAAAUUUAGCCAGUCAGCUUCUUUAACAUCUAGUAGAACUUCCAUUAACAAUGAUCCUUCACUGAAUAGUCACCAAAUGGCAGAUCGAUAUCCUCAAAGGAAGUCAUCUGAACCUGAGAAACGUGACUCUAUAGGUGAAAUGAGUACAAAGAGACAGUCCAGCAACACUGAUGUGUAUGCUAGUGAGAUGCAAACUGGAAGGGAAUCUGAUAAUGUUUCUUAUUUUGGCGAUAUGGGAUCAGACGAGAAAUCUAGCAGGCAUUCCUCCCAAUCUAAUUCUAUAGGUGAAGUGAGUACUAAGAGAGAGUCCAGCAACAUUGAUGUGUAUUCUAGUGAGAUGCAAACUGGAAGGGAAUCUGAUAAUGUUUCUUAUUUUGGCGAUAUGGGAUCGGAAGAGAAAUCUAGCAAGCGUCCCUCCCAAUCUAAUUCUAUAGGUGAAGUGAGUACGAAGAGACAUUCCAGCAACAUUGAUGUGUAUGAUAGUGUGAUGCAAACUGGAAGGGAAUCUGAUCAUGUUUCUUAUUUUGGUGAUAUGGGAUCGGAAGAGAAAUCUAGCUGGUGUUCCUCCCAAUCUAAUUCUAUAGGUGAAGUGAGUACGAAGAGACAGUCCAGCAACAUUGAUGUGUAUUUGAGUGAGAUGCAAACUGCAAAGAAACCUGAUAAUAUUUCUUAUUUUGACGAUAUGAGAUCUGAAGAGAAAUCUAGUAGGCCUGCCUCCCAAUCUAAUUCAAAUUUUGGUAGUGAUGAUCAGGAGGAUGUUUUGAGAGGGAAUGAUCAUAUUUCUUAUUCGGGAGAUAUGAGGACUGGAGAACAAUCUGCCAGGUCUCAUUCAAGAAAUUCAAGUAAUGAUCGCGUAAAUGUUUCCACUGGCCUGGGUGAGGAUUCUUUUGUUGGUGAUGCUAAUAUCUAUCAGAGCACAAAGCAAAUGAAUUCUUAUGGAAAUGCUGCUUUGGUUUUUGAUGACUCUGGUUCAGAUGAUGAUAAAUAUAAAUUUGAUGUGGAGGACUUCAAGGGCCAAGAAUCUAGUUUUUAUUUUCCUUCUCCCGAUAGAAACUCAUUUUCUUCUUCAGCUCAUUUGAAUGAUAGGAGCUCCAAACAUCAGACAGAUGAAGUACAAUUUAAGUCCACUUCACAAUUAAGUUCUUCAUUGACGCAGCACUCCCCUCCUGUUUUUUCAGAAAACUUGACAGGUUCUGUGGCUUCUUCAGAACCAAAUGACUUAUUGCCUGUUGCUUUUGAUGCUUCAGAUGGCCCAAGUUCAGACAGUGAAGAGGAGGUAGACAAGUCUAAGCUUUCCCAGAGCACAGUUUCUAAAUUUUCUUCUGGACAGAGCCAUAGUGCAAGACAUAGGUCAUUUGGAUCUUCAUCUUCGGAGGAGUUAAAUUUGGGUUCUAAUCAAAAGUCAUGGUUACUGCCUUCAUCUCUUAAUUUGAACUCCGUUGAUGUACAGCCUGGGAGAAGCCAAGGAGUUGAAAAUACCCCUGCCUCGGAGGAAAAGUUUGAUUAUGAUGAAUUGCCUACUGGUGAGCCAUCUCGAGGGCUAAUGAAAUCUGGAUUAGACUCAAAUGUUAAGGACGAUUUUCAAACACUACAGUUGCCUCAAACUGUGAAAGAUAGUGAGGUUUCAGCGGGGUGUAGUUGUGUAAGCGACACUGACAAUGAGUUGAACUAUGGGACUUUGACAGGUGGCCUGCGGAAUAAGGGGUAUAAGCAUCCACCGUUUACCAGGAAACCAUCAGGAAACUCUUUGUUUGUCAAACAAGUCACUGAGGAUACUAAGAUUGAGCAACCUUCCCAUUCUCCGAAAAUCAGGACUUCCAUCGUUUCUGGUGCUUCUAGUCAAGAGCCAAAUAAUCUGCAAGGGAGCACAAAACUGAUUAAGGAACGGAGCAGAAGAACCCAAGUCUCAUAUAUUGCUCCCGAUGAUGAUUCUUCAGGGGAUGAACUGUCACAUGGAAUUGUUAGCAGUGGUAAAGACCCAUUCAAUAAAAAAUUGGGAUCUGAAGCAAAGGCAAGCUCAAAAUCCACAUUUGGUUUCUUUGAUUCAGAGGAUAGCGAAGGUGAGGAAGAUCUUCACACAAAGAUUUCCACUAGCAAUGCCCGUCCAAGUGCUAAACUAUCUAGAAGGACACAGCCCUCUUCUUCAAAUUCUGUUAGAAGUUCUAGCUCAAAGACAGCAGUUGUUUCUGACGUGUCAAGGACUUCAGAAUAUGGAAAAGUCUCUUCAAGGAGUUCCUAUGCCACUGAAACUCUACCAAAGUCCUCAUCCCAUACCAAGAGCUCAGAGCGCUCAGGGAGUCGGGAGUGGAAUAGACCCGCAGAACAAGCAGCUCCUGAACCAAUACCAGAAUCCCAGAGGUCCUCGCCUGUAGAGACUUCAAAGUCAUACAGAAACUCCUCUUCAAGGAGUUCCUAUGCCACUGAAACUGUACCAAAGCCCUUGUCCCAGACCAAGAGCUCAGAACGCCCAGGUAGUCAGGAGUGGCAUAGACCAGCAGAAGAAGCAGCUCCAAAACCAAUUCCAGAUUCCAAGAGGUCCUCGCCCGUAGAGACUUCAAAUUCAUAUGGAAACCCCUCUUCACGAAGUUCCUAUGCCACAGAAACUGUACCAAAGCCCUUGUCCCAGACCAAGAGCUCAGAACGCCCAGGAAGUCAGGAGUGGCAUAGACCAGCAGAGGAAGCAACUCCUAAACCAAUUCCAGAUUCCAAGAGGUCCUCUCCUGUAGAGACUUCAAAGUCAUAUGGAAACCCCUUUUCAAGGAGUUCCUAUGCCACUGAAACUCUACCAAAGCCAUCAUCCCAAACCAAGGGCUCAGAACGCCCAGGAAGUCAGGAGUGGCAUAGACCAGCAGAAGCAGCAGCUCCUAAACCAAUUGCAGAAUCCAAGAGGUCCUCAACCAUAGAGACUUCAAAGUCAUACGGAAACCCCUCUUAUGCCACUGAAACUCUACAAAGGCCCUUGUCCCAGACGAAGAGUUCAAUGCGCCCAGGAAGUCAGGAGCGGCAUAGACCAGUAGAACAAGCAGCUUCUAAACCAAUACCAGAAUCCAAGAGGUCCUCUGUGCAUGUAGAGACUUCAAAGUCAUUUCCAAGGGAGCAAUCAUCCAGUCUUUCUCCAAAGAUUGCAACAGCACGGAGCACUGAAACUCCAAAAUCAUCAGGUCCUACAGUGGAGAGUGCACCAAAGGAGAAAGCUUCUCAUGUCCACCCAAAGCUUCCCGACUCCGAUGCAAUAAUUGCCAAGUUUAUGGCCCUCCGGCAGAGUCGACAAUAGAUAUGGGUAUUUGCACAUAGUAAUAUAGGAUACAUUUUGAUGUGAUUAUCACAAAAGGUUUGCUAUUCUUUGACGUACUUGAUUUUUUUAUGAUUGUCAAGUAAGGGUUGAUGGUUAUAUGUAACCUUCGUGUCAAAAUUGAGUCGUUUAUUUUUUAUUUUUUCAUUUUUAGACCAUUAUAUUGCAAAUAUGAUGAGGUUACCAUUUGUAAGAGUUACGUAAUAAAACAUUUUUCCGUUUCUCUUUGUUUUAAA